AUGCUCAAAACCAUCGACUGGAUGCUUGAAGAAUCCGAUACCUUACUAUGCUUGCCGUCGCUCAUGGCACUCACGCCGAUUGGACGCAGAGGGAUGCCCCUUCCCGACAUCUCUUUGUUAUCUAUGGCUUUGAUCUUAUUAAUCCCGUAUACCCUCCUCUCUGAGACGAUAUCUUCAACAGAUCGUCGGAAAGCACAUCCGUCUCAUUUCAUCUCAGCCAUCCCAUCAAGUGCCCAUUCAAAGCAAUAG